AUGAACUUGUCUCAAUUAUCGACGAUAUUGUGUUUGUUAAUAUUCAGAAUUAAGUGCGCAAGGAUAUUAGCUGUAUUUCCGAUUCCAUCAAUAAGCCAUCAAGUGGUGUUUCGACCCUUGACACAGGAACUGGCACGCCGUGGCCACGAAGUUGUCGUCAUCACCACUGAUCCUAUUUUCCCGAAGGGUCAAGCUCCAGAAAACCUUACAGAAAUAGAUGUCCAUGACGCAUCGUACAAACUCUGGAGGGACAGCUUCGUCCACACCGUCGAAUUUGGUAAAGAACAAAAUUUGUACAUUGAAUUAGAAAUAGUGUUGAAUACGUUUCCAAAAAUCAUUGAAAUGCAGGCAGGAAUGAAGGAGGUUCAAGAUGUAAUAUAUGGCUCGAAGUUUGACCUAUUAUUGCUGGAAGUAUGUUCGCGACAAGCUCUUAUUUAUUCCCACAUUGUGAAGGCUCCUGUGGUUCAAAUAAGUUCAUUUGGAAUGAUGAUUGGGAGCGAUUACAUUUUGGGAACACCGUCCCAUCCUAUAUUAUAUCCAUCUGGGUUGCACCAACGUUUAUACAGCCUCACAUUUUGGGAGAAGUUACAUGAAUUCUAUAAGCAUUGGUGGAUUGAAAAAUCUUACAGUGAUUAUGAAGGUGUAGAUAAUGAAAUGUUUAAAAGGCUUGUUGGCAAUGAUGCACCAGCUUUAAAUGAACUGAGGAAUAAUGUUGAUUUGAUGUUGCUGAAUUCACAUCCCGUGUGGACAAAUAAUCAGCCGUGGCCUCCAAACGUUGUUUCUAUUUGGGGAAUAUAUAGGAAGCCUAGUAUGGAACUACCAAAGGAUAUCAAAUCUUAUUUAGAUUCUUCGAAAAAUGGUGUUAUAUACUUCAGCCUGGGUACAAAUGUCUUCUCUUCUCUAUUACGGCCAGAAAUAAUACAAAUGUUCAUCGAUACAUUUUCCAAAUUAAACCACGAUGUGCUCUGGAAAUGGGAGACAGAUGUUAUGCAAGGAAAAUCGGAGAACAUCAAACUUUUCAAAUGGUUACCACAAUCCGACGUACUGAAGCAUCCAAAAAUCAAAGCAUUUAUAACACAAGGUGGACUUCAAUCAACAGAUGAAGCUAUUGCUGCAGGCGUGCCCCUUAUUGGAAUACCGAUGCUUGGAGACCAGUGGUACAAUGUCGAGAAAUAUGUAUACCAUAGAAUUGGGUUGAGACUUGAUUUGCCGACUUUAACUAAAGAAAAAUUGAGAUCAGCGAUAGAUAAAGUGAUACUUGACCCAAGCUUCAAGCAAAACAUAGCAAAGUUGCGAACUAUUAUGAACGAUGAUUCAAAAACCGGGCUGGAGCGCGCCGUGUGGUGGACGGAGUACGUGCUGCGGCACGGAGGGGCGAAGCACCUGCGGUCCCCCGCCUAUUAUUCCAGCUAUAAAGAUAAUAUUAUGAGACUUCGUUCUAUUAUGAGAGACCAGCCCGAGAGCGCCCUGGAGCGCGCCGUGUGGUGGACGGAGUACGUGCUGCGGCACGGAGGGGCGAAGCACCUGCGGUCCCCCGCUGCCAACAUGUCCUGGACUGAGUACUAUGAGAUUGAAUUUAAUACAGAAAUACAGCAACAAGAAUUUGCGCACACCAAGUUAAUACUCAUUUUUAUUUCACUUCGCGUAUCUCAAGCCCCAGCUAUCGUUAAGCAAGGAUUCCGUAAAUCGUCGCGAGUCUCCGAGUAG